CUUGACUUCUCCGCAUUUCUCGCCGCCGCGUACUACAGUAUCAUAAUACCCGCCGCCGCCGCCGGGUGAUGAGGUCAUUCCGCAAUCAACAACAACCACACCCACCGCCGCCGCCGUGCCUUUAAACUACCAGCGACCAUUUAAUAAAAAAGUAUCAGGGCUUCUAAUUUAUGUCCAACUUCCGACGGCGGACGAAGUAACGUGCAAAAUACUUUGUAAUUAGUUUAUAUCCCUCCCUCCCUCAUCUACGCCUGCUGAUGUGACAUACGGGAAACAAUGGGCAAGGAAGAAGAAGCGCAGGUCCGCUCUUGGGGCUUCGACCACGCCUUUACCUGGACCGACGGGCCCAACGCGCACUACGCCCCGCACGCACACGCGGGGAAGACGACGCACCACAUCCUCGCCGGCGACAUGACGCUGUGGUACCCGCGCGAGGAGGAGGGGGAGGAAAAGAAGAAGAAGAAGAGGGGGAAGGAAGCGGAGAACGAGGAGGAUGGGGCAAUGGCGGCGGCGGCGGCGGCACCGGUUCACCAAGGGGUCACGUACGGGGUCGGCGCGCGCGUCGAUGUCGAUGCCGGGAGGGUGCAUGAGGUGCGGAUGGGCCCUCGCGGGUGCACGUAUGUGGUUGGGGAGUGA